CCUUUGAAGCCACUUUCUCAGGAGCCAGUACAGGGUCUUGGAUGGGAACAUGUCCAAGGGAUUCUUCCCUUUGUGUCACAUUGUACAUGACCUAGGAUGGACACUAGAACCUUCUGGGCCAGUCUCCUUAUAGGGACUUAGAAAGGCUAGCCAAUUAUGGUGGCUCUCAGCACUCAAGAUGCUGAGGCAAGUUCCAGGCUAAUCUGGGCUACACUAUAAGACCCAGUCGGGAGUGUCACAAGAGUCCUAACAGUGGUGAAGUGUGUCACCCUAAUGGCACUUGCCAAGCACUCAGCUCAGUUCCUCGUGGCACACACUCCUAACAGUAGAGGGUUGAGAAUGCAGCCUCUGAACUUGACCACCUGGCCUUACACUCCAAGUUAACCUCUCUGACUUCAGUCUCCUCAAAGGUGUGUUUUAAAAAAAAAAAAAAAAAAGUAAUACGUUUCAUGUAGAACCCGUCUUGUAGUCAAUAGGUACAACUGUCACCCUUGCUAGAAUGGCUGUGAUCGCCUGUGUCAAUUUGCUAGACACCUUGGCCAGCUAGCUCUUGCUGUUGAUCCUGGGUUACAAUUAGAGAAGCUGAAGUUAGAAUAAGAUAUGUGAUUUGAUAUCAACCAUUUGCUAGAAUCACAUGGUUGGCAAACAGCAAAAUCAGGAUCAAAGUCCAGGUCUGUGGGCACAGGUCAUUCUGCUUGGACCCAGUCGCUUGCAUCAGGCAGAAAUGAUUUGGGACAGUGUCACUGGAGCAAGGGCUGCUGGCUCCCUUCACUCUGCAGGGCAAUCCUUUCACAUUCGCCAAGUGAGAGCCUUAUCCCCAGUGUGGAUAACAGCGGUAGCCCGGCACAUUUCUGUCUGCCUCUUUGCAGCAGCCCACAGCCCCUUCAUGAAUAAGUUUUUUCCAGCCAACUUCCCAAAUCGCCAGUACCAGCUGCUCUUCACACAGGGCUCUGGGGAAAACAAGGAAGAGAUCAUCAACUAUGAGUUUGACACCAAGGACCUGGUGUGCCUGGGCCUAAGCAGCAUUGUUGGUGUCUGGUACCUGCUGAGGAAGCACUGGAUUGCCAACAACCUCUUUGGCCUGGCCUUCUCCCUUAAUGGGGUAGAGCUCCUGCACCUGAACAACGUGAGCACUGGCUGCAUCCUGCUUGGUGGACUCUUCAUCUAUGACAUCUUCUGGGUAUUCGGCACCAACGUGAUGGUGACUGUGGCCAAGUCCUUUGAGGCACCAAUCAAAUUGGUGUUCCCCCAGGAUCUGCUGGAGAAGGGCCUUGAAGCGGACAACUUUGCCAUGCUGGGACUUGGAGAUAUCGUCAUUCCAGGGAUCUUCAUUGCUUUGCUGCUUCGUUUUGACAUCAGCUUGAAGAAGAAUACCCAUACCUACUUCUACACCAGCUUCGCCGCCUACAUCUUCGGUCUGGGCCUCACCAUCUUCAUCAUGCACAUCUUCAAGCAUGCGCAGCCGGCUCUCCUGUACCUGGUCCCUGCCUGCAUCGGCUUUCCUGUCCUGGUGGCACUGGUCAAGGGAGAAGUGGCAGAGAUGUUCAGCUACGAGUCCUCGGCCGUAAUCCUGCCUCAUACGCCGAGGCUCACUCACUUCCCCACUGUCUCGGGCUCCCCUGCCAGCCUGGCCGACUCCAUGCAGCAGAAGCUAGCUGGCCCUCGUCGCCGGCGCCCGCAGAAUCCCAGCGCCAUGUAAUGUCCAGCGGGUGCCCACCUGCCCGCUCCCCCCACUGUCCUGGGCCUAAGUUAUGAGGAGUCAAACCCUAAAGAUGCAGCAACUGGAACUGAAUCCAAAGAAGAGACAACAGAGGCAUCAGCAUCCAAGAAGCUAGAGAAGAAGGAGAAAUGAGGCCGCUCUGCCUGACCCUUGAGGGCCAGAUCAGACAGGCGGGGGACGACCUGUAGGCGACACAGACAGAGGACACGUGCAGGAGGCGAAGGUGGCUCCAGGUUGGGGAGCGGGCCUCUGCUGCCUGUUUCCCUCUCCCCUUUCUCUGGCUUCCUCUGCUGCUCCUCAUCCCCUGCAGGCAAAGGAAACCCUCUGCUGCUUCUUUCCCCAGGAGCCAGGUGGGAACCCCGUGUGGUUUUUAGAUUUUUGUAUUGUGGACUGACUUUGCCUCACAUUAAAAACUCAUCCCAUGGC